AAAAUCAUAAUCCAUCGAAGUUAUCGAAAGCAGACGUUUCUGCGGUGUGAAAAUCGAACCGUAAUUUUCAAACCUUUAAUUAAUUAAGAAUCAUUUUUGUGGAAUUCGGUGUAACGCUUUUCAUCAUCACAGGGGAAGUGAUUUCCUCUAGAUUACAGUGAGAUGAAAAUUAGGAAAGAGAGGAGCUAUCUUCUGCUUACUAGCAUUCUUUUGCUGGUAACUUUGUCCUAUGCCGACGACGAUGGAGUAACUGUAGAGACGGAAGAGGAAACGUCAUCCGAUAGUGUUGCCGCUAGUGAUCUCUCAUACGAAAGCCCGUAUGCCGACCCUGCGAAAUUCUACUUUGCGGACCAUUUCGACGAUCAGGAACAAUUCGCUUCCAAGUGGGUAAAGUCUCAAGCAAAGAAAGAUGACACCGCUGACGAAAUCGCCAAGUACGAUGGCGAGUGGGAUGUUGAAUUGCCAAAGCGACCAUUGCUGCCUAACGAUCUAGGACUUGUUCUGAAAUCGAAGGCCAAACACGCUGCCAUCGCUUCCAGACUGAAUCGUCCGUUUGUCUUCUCCGACAAGCCUCUGGUUGUGCAGUACGAAGUGAACCUUCAGGACGGCCAAGAAUGCGGAGGUUCAUACAUCAAGCUGCUUUCGUCCGGCAAGGAGACAACAGAUCUCAAACAGUUCAGGGAUAAAACACCCUACACCAUCAUGUUUGGGCCAGACAAAUGUGGCAAUGACAUCAAGUUGCAUUUCAUUUUCCGCCAUGUUAAUCCCAUCAACGGUACCAUCACAGAAAAGCAUUGCAGGAAAGCAAAGGAUCGGCUAGAUGACCCAUUCAAGGACAAGCAACCGCACCUGUAUCAACUUGUUAUCCGUCCCGAUAAUACGUAUGUAAUCCGUGUGGAUCAUAAGAUUAUCAACGAGGGUUCUUUGUUCACCGAGUUUACGCCUCCGGUGAAUCCUCCGAAAGAAAUCGAUGAUCCUAGCGAUUUCAAACCGGAAAAUUGGGAUGAACGUGAAAAGAUUCCAGAUCCUGAUGCCAAGAAGCCAGAUGACUGGAAUGAAGAUGAACCACCGCAAAUUCCAGACCCCAGUGCGUCCAAACCGGAAGGGUGGCUUGAUGACGUGGAAGAAAUGAUUCCUGAUCCGAAUGCAGAAAAACCAUCAGAUUGGGAUAUAGAAAUGGACGGGGAAUGGGAGGCACCGCUCAUUGCUAAUCCGGUUUGCGAGAAGGCAGUAGGAUGUGGCUUAUGGAAGGCUCCCAUGAUCUCUAAUCCCAAUUACAAAGGCAAAUGGCGUGCACCACUCAUCGACAAUCCCAACUAUCAGGGCAAGUGGGCUCCGAGAAAGAUACCCAACCCUGACUUCUUUGAAGACAAUAAUCCCUUCAAGAUGACUACAAUUGCCGCUAUUGGUAUUGAACUGUGGUCAAUGUCCAGCGAUAUUCUUUUCGAUAAUCUCAUCAUCGUCGAUGACGAAACCCUUGCUAGAGACUGGGCAGCACAAACUUACGAUUUGAAGAGAAAGCUCAUUGAUAGAGAAGCGAACACUUUAUGGGAUCGCGCUAUGAAGUACAUGGGAUAUAAACCAGGAUAUUGGUUUGCCUACUUCAUUUACUGUUCUAUUCCCGUCAUCGCAUAUAUUUGGUUCCUGCUGAAGCGUCGAGAUAAGGAGAGCACACCUUCUCCAACGGCACGAGCCAAGAAAACCGAUGAAUUUGUUCCUGAUGACAGCGAGACCAAAGAUGACACAGUCAAAUCAAAAUCCAACCUGAAUUCAAACGAAGAAGAUCGGUUGCAAUCAGAAGUCGCGGAUGCAGAAGAGGUAGAAAAUGAUAACUAUGAAGAUGACGAAGAGGAAGACGAAGAUGAGGAAGAAGUGGAUGAGACUGAAAGCAAAGAACCAGCUGAAGUAUCGCCAGCAGAUAUCAGUCCAUCGACCAAGGAAGCGGAAGGAGGAGUUAAGAAACGAAAGCCUAGGAGGGAAUAGAACGCUUACAUUUCACGUGGAAUUACUUGUUCUACUUAUUUUAUUUAACGGAUUCUCAUUAUCUCCUACCAGAGUGACUUUCCAAACUAAAUUCAACAUUCUUUUACAUUCAUACCAUUCAACAAAGAACAAAACCAAUGUGCGAUAUCAAGUCACAUUUCUAUUCUAUUUUAGUUCAGAUUAACAUGCAUACUAAUUAGUUUGCAUUGCGAGCGAAUAAACGUCGUUGAUAGGUUAGGGUUUGAUAUAAAUUAAUUUAAAUAUGAGCGCGUUUGUUUAUUGUAUUGCACAUAUUGGAAAGUCAUCAAUAAAUGUGUGUAUCAUUCGUGCCAGACAAGUUUGGCUCAAUAUAAAACAA